AUGAUCAGCAAACAAAGCGAGUACAUGCCAUUGAACGAUGCUAAUAAGAACACACUCGACUUCAGCAUCAAUGUCCAAGAAGACAGGUUCAGCAAACUUCAUGGCUUAAUGUUUUUGUACAUUGGUUCUCCAAAGCAUUGCAAGAACCAUGUGAUUGAGUUCAAGCCAGGAACUCGAGUUCAAUCCAAGAACUAUAAGUUCACAUACGGAGAUGUUGAACGCUCAUCAAUAAUUCUCUCAUUAUAUAACAGAAAAUCAUUUUGGUCUCAGGAUGAAAAAAUUGGCGAGCUCAAAAUACCUGUCUGUGAUUUCGACUCAUACUCUUUUGAUACCCGUGAGAUUCAGUUUGAUAAUCAUGGACCAAAGAUGACCAUCCAAGGUUUAAGAAAUGAAAGUUUCUAA